CAGACCUGCCAGACAGCAGAGUUAUGGAUCAAUAUGAAGGCUCCUUCUCCUUCCGGCUGCUGACGCUACUGCUGCUUCCGAUGGUUAUGAGAAAAUCGGAGUCAACCCUGCUGUCCAAACAAAAUUACAGAGCAUCAGGCGAGUCUUGUGAUUCUGAAAAGGAAUACUGGCAUGAAGGGCAUUGCUGCUCUUACUGCCCAGCUGGCACCCAUGUCUACAAGCAUUGCGUUAUCUCCCACACCCUUGGAAUUUGUCAGGAGUGCCCCCUUGGAGAGUAUGCCCCCAAGAAUGGACUGGAGACCUGCAGGCAGUGUGCCCAGUGCAGAGAAGACCAAGAGAUGCUGAUGCCUUGUUAUAAGAAUAUCAAUGCCAAGUGCCAAUGUAAAGAGGGGUACUAUUGUGAGGGCCCAGAUUGUAAGGUGUGCCAGCCCUGCACCAAGAGGUGCCCAGAGGGAAAACAAAUUCUUCAGAGAUGCAAUGCUACAACUGACAUAUUGUGUGGAGUACCUGGGACAGGCAUCAUCUUUAGAGCAGAAUCAUCUACUGUCAGAGACUCCCUCCUCAUCCCAUUUUGGACCCUCAUCACCACUCACCUGGAGUAUUGAAGAAUCCUCACUAGUGUCCUUGCCUUCAGUCUGCCCUGACCACCCAUUCUCCUUGCAGAAACCAAAGCAAACUCCUAAAGCACAGCUCUGGACAUGUCUACUCUAAAGACUUCAGCAAUCCCCAAUCAUGCUAGGUUCAACCAUAUUCCUCUAUUAGACAUUCAAAGAGCUCUUCAAAGUAAUUUGGAACUAUGUCCAAAGAGCUAUAAAAUGGUGCUUUGAUCU